AUGGAUCAAUCCUCAUUGGCUGAAACAGCUCAAAAUGAGGCAGACACCAAUGAUUUGGAUGUGUUAUCUCACCCUGGCUCACCAACCCCACAUCACAGGCCAGGCCAUAGCGGAGUCCACCGCCAUCAUGGGUCCCACCAUCAUGGAACAUCCCAUCAUCACGGUGAGUCCCACCAUCAUGGUGGAUCUCACCACCUUGAUGAAUUCCAAGACUUUCAUGACAAUGCCCCCUCCCACCAUUCUCCCCACUCCCAUCACCAUGGUGAGGCCCACCAUCAUGGUAGAGCCCACCAUCUCACAUCCCUUGCCCUGGCUCCUUCUCAUAGCACUAUCUUCUCCCAUCAUUCUCUUGGUGAGGGCCCCUUUGAUGGGAACCCCACCACCAUGGUGGGUCUCACCACCAUGGUGAGGUUUCCCACCAUAGUGGGCUCCAUCACCAAGCCCUCUUCCCACCAUUCCUAUGCGGACGCCUACCAUGAUCGCUCGAUACCUCAUUUCUAUGACAACUACAGGAACCACAGUGAACACCACCGUGGCCACCAUGGCCACCAUGGCCACCAUGGCGAGCACCACCAUGGCCACCACAGCAAGCACCACCAUGGCCACCAUAUAGCCCUCCAACCUAGCAUGGUACAGGCACAGCGCUCAGCCUUUAGCUUGACUCGUUCCCACAGUGCAGUGCGCUCACAUGCAUCCCAGGGGUCCAGCAAAGUCCAUCCUCAGGAUUCCUCCUCUAAAACUUCCUCGGAAAGCUGGGCAGAAGAAGAUGAGCAAUUUCAGAAGCGCAGAACCACCAGAGCUCAGCGGGCCCACAGGAGGCUGCACACCGUGGACCUCUUCUAUAGGUUGUGGGAAAAAUUAAGCUACCUCAUUAAGGGCCUCCGGAGAAUGCUUAGGAACCUGACUCAGUCCCUGCCCUUUGAAGCCUUCAUCUUCCUCGUUGUCUGCCUCAACACUACCAUGCUGGUGGCACAGACCUUCGCUGAAGUUGAGAUCCGGGGUGAGUGGUUCUUCAUGGCCUUGGACUCCAUUUUCCUCUGCAUCUACGUGGUGGAAGCUGCGCUCAAGAUCACUGCUCUGGGCUUCAAGUAUUUUUCUGACUCCUGGAACAAUCUGGACUUCUUCAUCAUGAUCAUGGCUAUGCUGGACUUCAUGCUCUUACAGUACAACUCCUCCUCCUUCGUCUACCACCAAAGCGUCUUCCGGAUCUUCAAGGUUUUCAAGAGUUUGCGGGCCCUGAGGGCCAUCCGGGUCCUCCGGAGGCUCAGCUUCUUGACCAGCCUCCAGGAAGUGACCGGGACUCUGGCGCGGUCCUUGCCGUCCAUCACCGCCAUCCUCAUCCUCAUGUUUACCUGCCUCUUCCUCUUCUCUGUGGUGCUCCGGGCUCUGUUCCGUCAUUCUGACCCCAAGCGCUUCCAGAGCAUCCUCUCCACCAUCUUCACCCUCUUCACCAUGCUCACCCUGGAUGACUGGUCCCUCAUCUACCUGGACAGCCGGGCCCAGGGCGCCUGGUACAUCAUCCCCAUACUCAUGAUUUACAUCAUCAUCCAAUACUUCAUCUUCCUCAACCUGGUGAUUGCUGUCCUGGUGGAUAACUUCCAGAUGGCUCUGCUCAAGGGCCUGGAGAAAGUAAAGCAGGAGAGGGCCGCCCGGAUCCAUGAGAAGCUACUGGAUGACCCACUGACCGAACUCAGCAAAUCAGACCCUGAAGAGGUGGUGAGUGAACACACCAAACAGAAGCAGCUCAUCGAGAAAAAAUUUGGGACCAUGACUGAGAAGCAGCGGGAACUCCUUUUCCACUUCCUGCAGCUGGUGGCCAGCGUGGAGCAUCAUCAACAGAAAUUCCGCUCCCAGGCGUCCGUUCUUGAUGAGAUUGUGGACGCUGCGUUUGAGGCUGGAGAAGAGGACUUCAGGAAGUGA